CAUCACGCGGGGAGGGAGGAGCGGCCUGCUGGAGAGUUUAUUUGUCUAUACAUCACUUCCUAGCCGCUGCCAUACCACUAACAGUUCCCCUUCCCCGGGAGGGAACUCUCUCCGGGCCGGCUGGCUUGCCAGGGUGGCUUUUCCUUCCUCCCAUCUCGGGUUGAUGCCGCCUCUGUGCCGCAGCCUUGGAUCUGGAGGGGGGUCGGGGGGCUCUCUCCCGCUUCUCCGUGAUUCAUGGCUUUCCUCCCCAGUGAUGAGAUCCAGAACGCGGCCACCAAGAGACUUUAUUCGAGGAUGGAAGCCUCUUGCCUGGAGCUUGCUCUGGAAGGGGAGCGAUUGUGCAAAGCAGGAGACUUCAAAGUCGGAACGACCUUCUUUGAAGCUGCUGUCCAGGUGGGAACAGAGGAUCUGAAGACCCUGAGCGCCAUCUACAGCCAGCUGGGAAAUGCCUACUUCUACCUAAAAGAAUACUCCAAAGCCCUCGAGUAUCACAAGCAUGACCUCACCUUGGCCCGGACCAUUGGGGAUCGCAUUGGGGAAGCCAAGGCGAGUGGUAACCUAGGAAACACCCUCAAAAUCCUGGGCCAGUUUGAUGAAGCCAUCGCCUGCUGCCAGAGACACCUGGACAUCUCUCAGGAGCAAGGAGACAAGGUCGGGGAAGCCAGGGCACUCUACAACAUUGGCAACGUUUACCAUGCUAAGGGGAAGCAACUGUCAUGGAGUGCAGCACAAGACCCUGGCCAGCUACCUCUGGAGGUCAGGGAGACACUACAGAGAGCUUCAGAAUUCUACGAGAGGAAUCUUAUCCUGGUGAAGGAGUUGGGAGACCGGGCGGCCCAGGGCCGGGCCUAUGGCAACCUCGGCAACACCCAGUACCUGCUGGGCAACUUCAGUGAGGCCACAGCCUUCCACAAGGAGCGCCUGGCCAUCGCUAAAGAAUUUGGAGACCGAGCAGCCGAGAGGAGAGCUUACAGCAACCUGGGCAACGCACACAUCUUCCUGGGGAGGUUUGAUGUCUCCGCAGAAUAUUACAAGAAAACCCUCCAGCUGUCCAGGCAACUUAAAGACCAAGCAGUUGAAGCUCAGGCCUGCUAUAGCCUUGGAAACACUUACACUCUACUGCAGGACUUUGAGCGAGCCAUCGAAUAUCACCUCAAGCAUCUGCAGAUAGCCCAGGAGCUGAGGGACAGAGUGGGAGAGGGCAGGGCAUGCUGGAGUCUCGGAAAUGCCUACGUGUCCCUGGGCAACCAUGAACAAGCCCUGAACUUUGCCAAGAAGCAUCUAGAGAUCUCUCAGGAGAUUGGGGACUGCAACGGGGAGCUCACAGCCCAGAUGAACAUCGCCCAACUCAAGUCUGCCCUGGGAGUGGACGGCGGGGAAGGGGCUGAGGAUGGGCAGUCACAGUACGCUGGCUAUGAAGCGCAGGGCGCCAGACCUAAAAGGAUACAGAGGCACAGUAUGGACAGUUUGGAUUUACUGAAGUUCCCCUUGGAAAAGGACCAGAAUGGAGACAGCCAUCACCUGGAAGGUCUAAAGAUGACAGGGAAGGACUUCCUGUCCCUCCCUGGGAGAAGCCAAAAGUAUCAGGAGAGUCCACCCGGCUUGGAAAGGAAGCCCCAGGAUGGCACUCACUCUCCUGUGGAUGCCAAUGAUGUCCAGGUCCACGUCCCUCAGACGAAAAUCAAGCGGGCCCCUUCCGAUGAGGAAUGCUUCUUCGACCUCCUGAGUAAGUUUCAAAGCAACCGGAUGGAUGAUCAGCGCUGUACGCUGGAAGAAAGCCAGACGGGGGCAGCGGAAGCUGCAGCCACCCCGACCCCAGAAGACAGAAUAUCCCAGUCUUCCCUGAUGGCGUCUCCCCAGACGGAGGAAUUUUUUGACCUCAUUGCCAGUUCCCAGAGCCGCCGGCUGGACGACCAGCGUGCCAACGUGGGCAGCCUCCCCGGCCUGCGGAUCACCCACAACAAUCUAGGCCACCUGCGGGUGGAGGGGGACGCUCAGGAGCCCGGUGAUGAAUUCUUCAACAUGCUCAUGAAGUGCCAGUCAUCCCGGAUCGACGAGCAGCGCUGUGCCCCUCCGGAUGCCAUCGCCCGGGGCCCCACCAUGCCCGACGAAGACUUCUUCAGCCUCAUCCAGAGGGUCCAAGCCAAGCGGAUGGAUGAGCAGAGGGUGGACCUGGCCUCCAGCCAAGAGGAGGAGGAUGACGAGGAGGAGGAGGAGGAGAGUGGGGAAUCUCAGGCCCCACAACACCGAAGGCCCAGUACCAGCUAAGAUUCCCACCCCCCAACCCACCCCAUGGAACAGCAACAAAGACACCCCAAAGACAUCCAGAUGGCUCCAAGACCCUCCUGCCACUCCCCCACUGAGGAACCCCUGAGCAAGAGGAAUGUUUAGACCCACCCACUUGCCUGGCGGUCACCUUCUCGGUGCCGUACCUUGGGAUCUUGGAGAAGCGGAGGAUCCCCUGUAGCUCUGUAUCCCCCGGUGGGGGUGUCGUGUCUUGCUGAGGGCAGCUACCAACACCGCUCAGGCAUAUUUGGGGUCAGGUCCUGGACGGAAGUGGGCCGGAUGGGGCUUAAGUUAAGAGACAUCAGAGCAACAAUUAAUCGGCUGAUCCUGGGCAGUGGAGGGGCAUUCUCCUUCCCCCGCACAACACCCCUCCCCUUCCCACACAUCCACAGGAAUUUUGCACCCUUCCCGCUCUGUCCAGUGACCCAGUGCACUGGGGAUGUGCCAUCUCCCUCCCCUUUUCUUCAACAAUUAGAACAGAAGAGCAUCCCAGGCAAACUGGCAGCCAGGAUGUUCUUGGAGCUCUUCCCACACCUGACCGGGGAACACCCUCCCACUUUCACUCCCCCGACACCCAGACUACGCCAGAUCUGGCACAGGGCCGCUGGCACUAGUCUCUCAUUUUCACGUCCCAUCCUGAAAAAUAGCAAUGCGGCAUCACGCCCUUCAAACUUCCUGCUGUGCCCCAUACGGCGUGCACCUAGCCCGUGGAGCUCCUCUCAUGUGCCCAAUAAAAUGUGAAACCUCCAGGGUCACUGCACCGGCCACGCUGAAGCUGGGGAGAGCAUUUCCAUUUGGGAAAAAGAUGCUUUAAGCUUGCUAUCUGAGGGAUCCCGGGCUAGCUCCAUGGCUAGUGUUUCUGUGGCCCAGGUUCUAUUCGUCACCUCUCCAAGUCUCCGGUCCAACUCCGGUAUCAUAUACGUGAAGCUGCAGCUGCUUUCUUGACGGCAGCUAUUUUGAUGGAUUUUUGCACCCGGGAUAAUCGCUGGCCCAGAGAAGCUUCUAUAUGUGAAACAGCGGCAGCAGCUGCACAGAAGUAAUAAACCAGAGGGCCUAGAAAACAGGACCUCUCCUCCCCUCCCCAUCCCCAUGCCCCUAGAUCAAGCCUGGGGCGGGCAGCUUCCUGGUGCUCUACAGAAAGGAGAGGGAGCUAAGCCAAAAAGCUUCACUCUGAAUGUGAAACAAAAGAAGUGUUCUCUUUCAGUGGUCUUUUUUUUUCUUUAAGUGUUUGGAGAACAAAGCUGAGCAUAAACUUCCACAAAUGUUUCAACACUAAAGUAAUAAAUCUGUGUGGACAGUUUUAAAGUAGAGGAAUGCAGAUCAAGUAUGUGUUUACCAGUUUGCAAAGCUUUCUGGAGCUUCUGUAACUUUCAAAGCCGGGAGGGAGGGGAAGGGGGUAACUUAUUUGAAAAAUCAUUGAGGCCCAGAGGACCGACUUCCUGUUAAAGGCUUCAGCCCCUGCCCCACACCUUUUGCUCCCACUAUAGCCACCUCUGCUCCCAUGCCUGAGGCAGACCUCGAAACAGUCAGCAAAGCAAGAGAGGUGUUCAGAAACCCCAUUAAGCCUCCCUCCAGCCCUGUAGUCUCCCCUACUACCUAGUGCUGCCAAGACAAAGAGAGCACAUUUAGUACAGGGAGUGCGAGAGGGCCCUGAACUCCCUCAAGACCCUCCCUUGUUUCCCUGAUAUAAACCAAACCACGUUUCUCCAGAGGCUGGCUAAGUUCUUUCCUCUGAAAGCCGGGUUGGAGACGGCGUGGGCUUCACGGCACCGACCUCUAUCUUGAAAACAUUCCUUUUCCUGAUGGGAAAAAAAGCACUCAGGCUUCGUCACGUAAACUUCAAACGUUCUGAAACCUAGAGGCCGGGUACCCGAGAGGAGGCUAGUGGACCAGGCUCCCCCGGAAUACAAAAGACCCAAGCCUUUGACUGAAAGAAUUGGACUUGAAGUCAACCAAGUCGUACCCUUGUCUAGGUUGAAGUCAUCCUAGUCUCCUGCCCUUCCAUCAGAUCUUAAAUGCCCAGUUGUUAAACAAGGUCAUCUCUGGGUCCUUUAGAUCCUCAUUCCCCUAUUCGUUGCUCCCCGCAUAUAGACUCCCUUGAGUUGGAACUUCAAGCACAAGUGUAUAUAGGAGGGCCUCCCACCUGGAUUAGAUAAAACAAGAUCUCUCCCCCUACACCCCCAACUGCCACCCCUAACAGAUUGUUCCCAUGACAUGAACUCCUCGGGGAGUGGUCUCCCCCUGGGGCUUUUGGAUAGACAAAUCGAUUAAUUGGUAGGAUUUAUUGAGUGCUGACUGUGGGCAAAGAACUGUACUAUGCAUUUGGGAGAGUACAAUAUAACAGAGUUAGUAGACACAUUCCCUGCCCACAACAAGCUUACAACCUACAGUCAGGGGGUAUCGGAAAUCCCACGGCAGAGGUCCCACCUGCCCACACACCCUGAGGAGCUGGGGACCGGAUUCCAUGCUCUGAUAUUCCCGAAUCUCCAUUGCCCCAGGACCCAAUUUGAUGACUAUUUCCACUGCUCCCCCUUUCCAACUCUCUCUGAUUCCCACUACCUGCUGCAUAGUAUGAGGACCUUCCCAGCACUCGCAGGCAGCCCCUGGUACCUCGAGAUUCAACCUUAAGGGCAAUAGGCCCGGGAAACUGGAAGACCAGCAUUUGGGUAGGGGGCAGGAGGGAAGAAAAGGGACAAAAAGCUCUCCUGAGUUGGAACGGAGCGGCCGGAAUCUCGCGGACGAGAUCUGGCUGAUGAAGAAGAGUCCACUUGCGGGCCGGAGACCAUGUGACCAGCCACUUCGGCGGGAUCAGGACAAGCAACACAGAGAGGGAUCUGGGAUUGGGCGGGGGGGGGGGGGGGGGCGGUGUCCCAGCUUUUAGAGAGACAUUGAGUCAUUGCCGUAUACUUGAAUGUACUUGCUUAUUUAUUUUUUACCUGUGCAUUUGCUAAUGUCAUCAAUGGGUAGUUUCCAAACCAGGAGGUACAUUUUUUUUCUAAAAGAAGGAAUAAAAUAUCUGCCAAAUGAAUUAAUAUAUAUGUAUAGGUAUAUAAAUACAGCUUUGGGUAGGGGGGGUUGUGCUCAAUAAAGUAUUUUGUGUUCUAA